CCUUUAGCUGACAAAACAAAAUACCCUUAACCGGUCUUAACUCUUCACUUUCUUCUUCAUCUUCAAUACAUUUUCACGCUAACUCUCAAAGAACCAAUCUUUUCACAUUCAUCAAGAUGAGAUAUAGAAAGGGUAAAUGUGAUCUAAUAAUUGGUGGAUUUUUACUGUUUGUGAUAAUGGGAGUAAAUGGGUCGAUCCAUGAGUAUAAAGAUGAAGUUUUUAUUCCUCGUUUUAAUUCAUAUUUCUUUCAUGGUGGUAGUGAAGGUCUUUAUGCUUCUAAAGUUCAAGAUUUGCCCUUUCCUGUUUCUAAUGACACCAAUAAUAAACCCCUUAAUGGCAAGUCCUUCAUCAGGUUUGAGUCGAUCACCUUUAGAAGAACAAAGGACGCUGCUAAUAAGCAAAAUGAGAUGCAGCAGAGUACUGGAAUUGUUGAAGCCAUAAUAGUGGAGGUCAAAGACAGGAAUGAAAUUGGAGGUUCCUAUCUGAAUUCCGAUGCGAUAUGCUGCACCCCUGCUCUUGCUAAGGAUGGAUCCUGCAAAGUAGGAGAGGUUAUAAUCCAUCAAGAUCCCGAGAACCCUGGGUGGCCAAAACGUAUUCAGACGUCCUUUGAGGGAAACAGUGAAGAGGCGAAUAUGGUACUCCAGAAUGUUGAGAUCAACAAGACUGGAAUGUAUUAUCUCUAUUUUAUGUUCUGCAAUCCAGAACUAAAGGGCACAUUAAUUAGUGGUAGAACUGUUUGGAGAAACCCAGAAGGCUAUCUCCCCGGGAAGAUGGCACCACUAGUGACAUUUUAUGGUUUCAUGUCUCUAGCAUACCUCAUUCUUGGUCUCUUGUGGUUUUUACGGUUUGUGCAACACUGGAAGGAUAUAAUACAAUUGCACUAUCACAUUACUGCCGUGAUUGGUCUUGGAAUGUGUGAAAUGGCUCUUUGGUAUUUUGAAUAUGCAAAUUUUAAUGCCACGGGAAGUAGGCCAAUGGGAAUCACCAUGUGGGCUGUUACCUUCAGUGCUAUCAAAAAGACUGUCUCACGUUUACUUCUUCUAGUGGUUUCAAUGGGUUAUGGUGUUGUACGACCCACACUGGGAGGUAUAACCUCAAAGGUACUUCUUCUGGGUGUGGUAUACUUUCUAGCUUCUGAAGCCUUGGAACUGGUUGAACAUUUGGGAAAUAUCAAUGACUUCUCUGGAAAAGCGAGAAUCUUUUUGGUGUUACCUGUUGCUUUAUUAGAUUCCUGCUUCAUUGUAUGGAUAUUCUCCUCAUUAUCCAAGACUUUAGAGAAGCUUCAGAUACGGAGAAGCAUCGCAAAGCUUGAACUGUACCGAAAGUUUACCAAUUCUCUAGCCGUUUCAGUUCUGCUCUCUGUUGCUUGGAUUGGCUAUGAGCUGUACUUUAAUGCAAGUGAUCCAUUGAGUGAGUUGUGGCGAAGAGCCUGGAUAAUCCCUGCUUUCUGGACCUUACUAGCAUACUUGCUUUUAUGGGUAAUAUGCAUUCUCUGGGCUCCUUCAAAUAACCCAACCAGAUAUGCAUACUCAGGAGAGACUCUUGAUGAUGAAGAGGAGGGUCUGUCCCUCACAGGCAGUGGAGUAAUAGUGGGAGGAGAUCUGUCUAAACUGGAAAGGAAGGAGAGGAAGGCAUCUAUUGCAGCAGAUCAUGUGUUUGGGCUUGGAGAAGUUGUCAUUGAGGAGGACAAAAGAGAAUGAUGCUAUUUAUUCUGGCUUGUUCUUUCAACCUGUUGUUCGUGCAUGGACAUAGAAGUUUUCCCAGAUAAUAUUUAUACCUCCUUUUUUUUUUUUUUUCUAUUUUCGUACAAGAUCAGACUGAAAUACGUGGCGGUUGGAAAUUAGCAAGUCAGGACAAAAAAAUUGAAACAACUUUGCGCGGAAGAUUGGCAUCACGAAUAGCCAGAGAAGUCCAGCAGGUGAGCUUGGCAAUGAAGUCCAGUUAUUAGGAGCAUUCACAUUUGUAGGCUGAGUAACUAAAACUUCAGAGUUAUUGUGAAGUUGAUUAGGCUUCAUGCUAAUUUAGAGGAUGCAAAAAGACCCUUGAGGUGGUCAUAUGUGAUAAUCAAAUACUUCAAAUUCAGAUACGAAUGCUUACUUAUUUUGUUCUAUAAUACUUAUACAUUAGCAA